AUGGGGAAGAAACGGGUGAUGUUGCCGGCGAGUGAAGUUGACUUGGCGGAGGUGAAAUACGAGCAGGAACUAAUCCAAGCGCCUCGUUUGUCUGGGUUUAAGCUGAAGUUAUUUGUUAAGUUAAUUGAAGCGCCAUUGAUUGGUUCUUUGAUCAUAUCUCAAUUGAAAAAGCAAAAUAAAAUGGUUGAGAUGUUGCAGAAUAGUGUGAUACCAGAGGCACCCAUGUUUAAGCCCGAGUUCCCUCCUCAAGAACCGGAAACUGGUGUUGUUCUUCUGGAGGAAAGUGGAAAACCUGAAGACAGAGUUGAAUUAGCCUUUAAGUGUCUGCCACACUAUGAUCCUGCUAGCAGCUGUAGUGUUGAAUCCCCUACAACGUUCUGCUAUUGGAAGAUUCGUGAUUAUGCAUAUGCUUACAGGUUGAAGCUUGCCACCCCAUCUAUGGUUGCAGAGCGAUUCAUUUCAGCUAUGGAGGAAUUUGUUAACAAGAAGCCCCCGACACCACUGUUGAUUUCUUUUGAUGCUGAGGAAGUAAGAAAGCAAGCUGCAGCUUCCACACAAAGGUUUGAGGAAGGAAAUCCAUUAUCUAUUUUGGAUGGGAUUUUCAUGGCAAUCAAGGAUGAUAUAGAUUGCUACCCUCAUCCAUCAAAGGGUGCAUCAACAUGGAUGCAUGAGGUUCGCCCUGUUAAAAAGGAUGCAGCCAGUGUAUCAAGAUUACGUAGCUGUGGUGUGAUUCUUGUUGGAAAAGCAAAUAUGCAUGAAUUGGGCCUCGGAACAACUGGAAUUAAUCCUAAUUAUGGGACGGCAAGAAAUCCACAUGCUCCAGAUAGGUAUACAGGUGGGUCUUCCUCAGGCCCAGCAGCAAUUGUGGCUUCUGGACUUUGUUCAGCUGCUUUAGGAACAGAUGGUGGAGGUUCGAUUCGCAUUCCUUCUUCCCUCUGUGGUGUAGUGGGCUUGAAAUCAACAUAUGGACGGACAGACAUGAAAGGGUCGUUAUGUGAUGCAGGGACUGUAGAGAUUAUCGGACCAAUUGCAUCAACAGUUGAGGAUGUCAUGCUUGUGGAGACGACUACAUACGACCCAGUAAUUGCCAAGGCCAUGGGGCAGCCUGGGCCUUGCUUCCAGCUUAUGCACAUGUCAAUACAGGCCAUGGCUCAAAGUCAAGGUGGGCUUUCAGCAGUAGAUUGGGCGUUAUCCUUCAAUAAUCUGAAGUGGUAUGCCGCUAUCUUGGGCUCCUCUCCUCUUGAUAGAAUCUGUUUAAAACCGUCCCUCCCUUGUGUGCCAGAUUUAUCUUCACACGAGAAUUCAAAUGUUCUCGGAUCACUACGAUUAGGAAAGUAUACCGAGUGGUUUAAUGAUGUAUUCUCAACUGAUAUCUCCGAGAAGUGUGAGGGUGUUCUUAAUCAACUAUCAGAAACACAUGGAUGUAAAGUAGUAGAGAUUAUAAUACCUGAGCUUGAUGCCAUGCGCCUGGCCCAUAUUGUUUCAAUUGGUUCUGAAGCACAAUGCUCAUUAACGCCUGAGGUUGAGGAUGGGAAUGGGGCGAAAUUAACAUUGGAUACUCGCACUAAUCUGGCUCUUUUUCGGUCAUUCGCAGCUUCAGACUACGUUGCUGCCCAACGCCUCAGGCGAAGGAUAAUGUAUUACCACAUGGAGAUUUUCAAGAAGGUGGAUGUGAUAGUUACCCCGACCACUGGCAUGACAGCACCUGUAAUACCCCCUAGUGCUCUUAAACUUGGGGAGUCAAAUUUGCAGGUUUCUGGCAAUCUCAUGCGAUUUAUUAUAACAGCAAAUCUUCUCGGGCUCCCUGCCAUUUCUGUCCCUGUUGGUUAUGAUAAGCAAGGACUUCCUAUAGGACUACAAAUAAUAGGUCGUCCGUGGUGUGAAGCUUCAGUUUUGCGUUUGGCUGCUGCAGUAGAGGAACUUUGUGGCAAGCCUAAGAAGAGGCCUGUAUCCUUUUAUGACAUCUUGAAAGGGAACUAG